AUGCCUUCAGUUAUCAUCUUUGGUGCAUCUGGCUUUGUUGGUGCUCCCUACACAAGAGCCCUCAAGCAAGCCCAUCCAGACUGGCAUAUCACAGCCUACGUGAGAAGCGCAAACCCCGAUCUCAAAACCUCCCUCACCGUAGAUCGCAUCAUAACUGGUGAUUUCACCGACUUUGACAAAGUGAAGGCCGCCAGUGCCGAACAUGACAUCGCUGUUAAUGCGGGUAACUCCUUCACUUCCGAACCAGUCGCAGCCAUCAUCGCUGGCCAAAAGGAGCGUGCGACCAAAGGCAAAGUAAUUCAUAUCAGCGGUGCAGGGAACUUCAUCGACUUUGGAACGUCUGGAAACUUUAACCCUGAAAGCAAGAUCUGGAACGAUGCAAAUGAAGACGAUAUCAAGGCUGUCCACAAAGACAUGUUCAACGGACAAUCCGACACGCUUGUUCUUGAGGCUGAGGGAAUUGAUACUUGGAUUGUCUGUCCUUCGGUUGUAUAUGGAGGCGCCAGUACUGGUUCAAAGACUAUGGGUAUCGGGUAUGGUCUUUUAACAGGGAAUGCUAAACCUUUGGGAUAUGUUCCCUACGUCGGCGAUGGAACCGCCAUUCUAAGCACGACUCACGUCCUCGACCUCGUUGACUUCCUCGUCAACAUCUCUGACUUGGCUGCUCAAGGCUCUGCUGAAGGUACACCAUACAGCCGAUACUACCUUCUUGAAACAGGCCGAGUCACUUGGAAGGAUAUGGCUACUCAGCUUGCCAAGGCGAUGCAUGCACGAGGAAUCUUUGCAAUUGCUGAGCCCAAGAAUGUUCCCUUUGAAGAGGCUGGUCAGGGAGAGGUUAAACAUCUCGUGGCUGCAAACAUGCUCAUCAAGGGAGAUCGUGCUGCAGCUAUGGGUUACAAGGCGAAGCAUCCCAGUAUUCUGGAACAGGUUCACGAGGAUCUCAAAGAAGUCCCUAUCUAG